CAGAGGCAGACCUACUUUUGAAAACAGCUCAAAUAAACAACAAACAAAAAUUAAUAUAAAAAAGAGUAAAACAUGAAAACAAAGUGUAUUUUAUGUAAAAUUCGAAUUGCCCCUAAUUUGGGCUAUUAUAAUAUUGGCGAAACGAAAAUAGAAUUUUCAAAGAAAACUAUUAAAAACAUACUCUUUCACCUCUCGAAAUGCAUAAAAGCGGAUUACUAUUUUGAAGAUAGCUCUUGUGUUUGUAAUUUCUGCUACGAAAAACUAGUGAAAUAUGAUGAAAUAAUGAUAAAGCUAUUGAAUUGCCAAAAAGAACUAUCAAAAAUGCUGGAAGAUUCUAUUAAGACCUUAGAGAUCGACGAUAGUGACGAAGACAUUAGAGAUGAUGACAAUACCAGCAAUUUCUCGGCACAUAACGAUAGUGAUAGCAUGAGCGAUUCCAAUCAGGAAUUCCUAGACGAUUCCACUUCUGAACACACAAACCGUUCAUUUGAAUGUUCCAUUUGUAAUAAAACCUUGAAAACCAAACACUCUCUAAGAAAUCAUUUAGAUACUCAUAAAACUGAAGUCAAAUGCAAAAUUUGUGGCGCACUGUGCAGAGAUGAAGAAUACCUCGAGUUACAUAUGAACAUCCACGAAGGAAAAACAGAAAACGAAUGUCGCUACUGCCCUAAACGGUAUUCCCGUCGUUCCAACGUAAUACGUCAUAUGCAAUUCCAUUGGGAUAAAAAGAAAUUUCAGUGUGAAAAAUGCGGCCUUCGAUUCUCACAAGCCCACAUUCUUUACAAUCACAAAAUGGUGCACGAAGCCGAAGAACAACCUAUAAUAUGCCAAAUUUGUGAACAGUCUUUUAAAUCGAAAAAAACUUUCAGGCACCAUAUGAUAACCCAUCAAGAAGAUCGCCCAAUGCAUCCUUGUGAAAUUUGUGGGAAGAAAUUUACCGAAAGGUACACCUUGAAGAUGCAUUUAAAAACACACACCGCUGGUAGGGAGGAGGAACCGGAGACACCAAAGAAAAUAAAUGCCCAACCCAAAAGAUUCCCUUGCAUUAUAUGUGAAAAAGUGUUAACCACAUUGGAGAGCCUGGAAAACCAUCGUGCAAAAGAACACGAUGUUAUUUGUUCUGAAACUAUUUUCGUACAGUUUAACAAUGUUUAAUUAUUGUUUUCGCUUAGAAAAUUUGUAUUUCUAAACAAUAAUCUGCGUCUAGAAUCUAAAGCUAAUGUAAAAAAACUUCUCAGGGCUUUGUUUAAAUUUCUGAUAUCACAGAGAUUUUGAAAACUAAUUUUAACUUGAUUUAUUUAAAAGUAAUUAAAAAAAUGUACAUACAAAUAUAAAUUGAUGUAUUUAUGUAAUAAAAAAAUUGU